AUGAAGGUGGACAAAGGCGUCAGUACCAACGGUACGCUGGAGGACCUGAGCCGGGCCAUCCAGUUCGAAGCCGUCUUUUCGACGCUCGUCGAGAACAAGAUACUGGCCAUCAAGCGCGAGUGCGAACUCAAAAAGCGCCACAAGAAGUCGCGCCUCCUGCGGCGAAUCCUUUUCGGUCGGAAGGUUUCGUCAGGUGGCACAGCUAGUGGGUGUUGUCACCGGGAGGUGUCCGCCAGCAACAGCAGUACAGAUGGUGCCGCAGUCGAUGAGCCACCUUACCAACUGCGGCCCAAUGGAACAACCAGCGGAGGUGAACUGCAGCUAUCGGAAGGUUCUGGCGCGAAUGGUUGCUACGGUUAUGGGCGCACACGGUCGGAAGCAAACCCUACGGCUGAGCAUUCUACCGUCAGUGAUGGUGCUGAUGAAGUCAUCGUCGAGAUCGGAGAUCUUUCCUCACUCGUGGAUGCCGAAGGUAAUGUGGUUGUGACAUCACACGUGAACGCAGACCCUCACGUGUCUGAUGACGCCGACACGUUGCAUGCGACGUGCGAACCUGCUACGGUCUCCCGAACAUCUGCAGUCUCCAGGUCAUCCAUCGUGGAGUCGGCUUCAACGAAGAGCCCGGAAUCGGUGGAACAUCGCAGCCGAACUUCCAUUGGUAAACCUCGAAAGACAUCACUGCUAGAGCCAGUUUCGAUCGAAAUCGAACCGGAAUCGGACGUGCUGAGUGGCCACUAUGAUCUCGAAGACACUGCCACAAAUGUGUCCAUCGAGUUGGACGGCGUCAGUGAUGUGUCGGACAUGCGACGCAGCAUCGCUUCGGAGCCUAUUUCAAUUAUUAAGAACGCGCAACGAUCCCGGUUCGCCAUUGGGUCGUAUUUAUCCGCAGGUCACGCAGUCGCCAAUCGUUUGCGAAUGCUUGAAGCGAAGUCGAUCAGCGCUCAGAAUAGCCCGGUACUGCCACGUCAGAAACCAGCCGCCGAGGGACGUCACCUGACGUUUAGUACGGCUACCUACCAGCAGGCGGCGCCCUCGUCGGCCAACGCGAGCGCUAUCGACUGUGAUACCUCGUUCGUGGUAGAUCUCAGCCGGUCCGAUCGGGAUCAACAACAGCAGCAGCAUAACUCCACUGUGAUAGUGAAGGACAAGCCGGCCAGUCAGGCGGCUAGUGGCGGCAAAAAGUCGACCCUAGUUCUAGGCGAUAAUAGCAGUAGUAGUAGCGCUAGUAAGAGAAACAAAUUACCGCAACCCGCCAGUGCGCCCUCGCCGCCUCCGCUGGGACUCAUCGAAAGCUUUAAUCAGCUGACGGCAUCCAAUCUACCUGUGAUAGCAUCUUCCGCACGACAUUCGCCGCCGGUUAGUGAUCUGGUCAAGUUACAGCAGCACCACCACCAUCACCACCCACACAACGGUCGCCACCAACCGCACCGACCGUCGUCACCUUCGAUCGCCCUUGAUUCCUCCUCCUGCCGGGGUGAUGCGUUUCCGGUACCAAGCUCACUGCACUCACCUGUCGCAUCGCGAAGAGCUAGCAGCAGUACCGUAGUUCCGACAUUCGGUGAAGAACCGCGUGCAGUGGCUAACGUGGCAUCCAGCACGCAACCGCUAGUCGGUGCUACUCAACCGACCGUGCGGAAACAACGCAACUUCCUGCGCCAGUCAAGCUGCGACGUGGAGCUCCACUAUCGGUCCAGUAACACCGGGUCGAGGCGCUCGAGUGCCAAGGAGCAUCACACUCAUCGUAAGGGCAGCGCGUUCGGUUGCGGUGACGAUUACUCCUCGUACGUGAUGGGCUACGACAUCAACGAGAGUGACGAGGAAAAGCUCAACAAGCGGAAGUACAAAUAUCUGAAACGAUGCUCGGAUCCGGUCAUCGUGUUCCCGUCGACGAGCAGUGGAGCCGGCACUGGAGGGAGUGGUGCCGUCGGUGGCAGUGGCCUCCAGCAUUGCAUCCUCAGCCGUCCUCCGAAUCAACCGCUUCAAUUCCCCUACGACGAAGACUUCAUGUACGAUGUUUCACUGCAAAUUGAAUCCGACCGUCACGGGGAGCUGGAUUCAAUAGUGCCUGAACAGAGAAGGAAGCAUAAACACAGCAGACAUCAUCACCAUCACCAUCGGAACUGCAAGAAGAAAAGACACAAGAAGCGCAAGAUCCUCGUACACGAUCUGGACGACCAAAGCGUGAAGGUGAUAGACCCGGACGACCUGCCGCAACGUGCCCGAUGGACAAUCAUAGCGACCGCAUGCCUAUUGCUGAUUAUGUGCCUACUAUUAGUUGGAAUCACACUGCGGAUGGCGCCCAUCAUCGACGACAUGGUGCGCCAAGAGAACGAACGACUCAUGCGGGAGUCCCUCGAUAGGGCGAAGAUGAUUAAAAACUACACCGAGUACAACCGGAUGAUUGGCGGCGAUGAAAUUCCUUAA